CAUACAGAGCACAGAUACAAAUGUUAAACGGUUCAAAAAGCAUCUAUUCAGUUGCUCUUCAAUUUUUUCAGCGAGCAGACAUCUCAAGCGAAUUUGCUGGCAUCCACAAAAAUCGUAUCACCACAUGAAUUUUAGACCAAAAACUAUAGCAAAAUUGGUGGCCAUAGAAAAUAAACAAAUAAAAACACAGGUGGAAAUAAAAAAAAAGUGGAUGUUUGAAGAAAAGAACAAUUCGUUUAUCACGGAAUAAGUCGCAAUUUUUUCCGAACAUUUCCUUGAAAUGCAUCCAAAGUACUGGAUGCUUACAGUUGUUGUGAUUGUUUUACAUCAAAUAACCAUCAGUAAAAGUGUAUUGGCGAUAGAUACACCGCCAGAAAUUAAAUCAACUAAUUCUGCAACGGAAAAUUGGAUUUGUACAACAAAUGAUGCACAGCAAGGAAAAUGCACAUGGAAUAAUCGAACUUUGAUUUGUCACGGGACUACUUUGAAUAUAACAUCUAUCAAAUUAAAGCGGAUACAGGAAGCUAUAUUUUGUGGUUGGCCAAAUGAAAAAUUCGAUCCAACAAUUUUGAAGCAGUUCCCGAAAUUAACAAGUCUUCACAUUGAAAAUGGUUCAAUUUCACAAUUCGCACUGGACUUUCCGCAUUUGAAACACUUGAAGCACAUCAAUAUUUCGAAUACCAGAAUUUCUCAUUUACAUUCAACGCAUUUCAAGCACCUCCCAGCUGUUCGAACGAUUGAUUUACGUAAGAAUCAAUUGGAUUACUAUGACGGAUCAUUAGUGUUAUCACCCAAAAUCCACGAGCUGUAUUUGAGCGAGAAUCCUUACAACUGCUCCAAAAACUUCAAAUGGAUUACACACCAUAAUGAUAAGACAAAAUUCAUAACAGAUCGAAGUCUACUGCUGUGCAGUGAUACAACUUUUAAAAAUCAGUCAAUUCUAACCGUGAUGAAUUUUAAAAUUGCUAUACGUGAAAUGUGCCGAAAAAAUAGAGAGUUACAUCGUUGUACAUGUACGUUAUCGUUUCUUUCAGUCGAUUUGGAUGCCGUUUCGCAUCCCAUGUAUGCCAUUAAUUGCAGUCAUUUAAAUUUGACGCAUCUUCCCACAACUCUACCCGAAAACACGACGACUUUUUAUGCACAGCAUAAUCAGAUAAGUGACGUUGAACCGUUACUAAAUGCAUAUGGUUCGGUGCACGACAUUUAUUUGGAUUUUAACCAUAUUUCCACCAUUGAAAUAUUGGAAAAUGAUAAUUUCCUCGAACGUUUCCGUGCAUUUAGUCUGAAAGGAAACCGUUUGAAGAAGCUGCCUGUUUACUUAUUAAACAAUGCUUUGGAAAGAAAUCACCAUGCAGAUUCUUGGUAUUUAAGCGAAAAUCCGUGGCGAUGCGAAUGUGAUUUUAUGCUAAAGUUUCAAGAUCUACUACAGAGUCAUCGUUCCGUAAUAAAGGAUGCAAGUGAAAUUCAAUGCAUUAAACAUGAUGGUGAUAAUACAAUACUCUAUCCAGUGCUGGCACUGAAAAGACAUGAUAUCUGUAUUUCAACCGAGCACACAAUUCAACCAAUUGAUAUGCUAAACGUUGUUCUUGCCACAUUAAUUAUAUUCAUAAUAUGUAAACUAACCUAUGACUACUAUAACUUUCGUGUGCGUGGUCAUUUACCAUGGAUUGUCACAAAAAUUCCAUAAUCUUACAUUGUUAUUUUAAUUUAUGUUUUGCUAUUUGAAAUCCCGAAAUAGAAACAAUAAAACUAACCAACCGUUGAGUCUAAUGCAAA